GUGAUUUUUGUUUAAAUUUACAACAAAAAAUUUUUUCUUUUUCGAACAAAUUCAAUCAUCACCAAGUUAUUCGAAAUCAUCUCAUCACAUUCUUUCUGUCAAAAUCAAAUCGACAGAUCAAAUUUUCAAUUUGAAAAUAAAAAUGUCUGCCACAGAUGCGGUCUAUAUUCGUAAUGUCAACUUUAGCUAUGGAAAUAAUCAAAUUCUGCGCAAUUUUUGUGCUCGAAUUCCAUAUGGACAAAUCUAUGCAUUAUUGGGUCCAAGCGGAGGGGGGAAAACCACAUUACUCAAAUUAAUAUUGGGACGAUUGAAAAUGCAACAAGGUACAAUCAGUGUGCUCGGUAUGACACCUGGUGAAGCAAAUUCAACAAUCAGCUUUAUGCCUCAGGAAGUUGGCUUGUGUGACAAUCUAACCAUUAAUCAAACGUUAAAAUAUUUCAAAUUAAUAUAUCGAAUUUCAAAUGAAGAAUUUUACGCCAGACGCAAAGAAUUGACUACAUUGACCAAUCUGCCAAAUGGAAACAUGCUGGUUCGUGAACUUUCUGGUGGCACUAAAAGACGAUUAUCUAUUGCCGUUUCGUUGAUCAAUAAUCCAAACCUGGUCAUAUUAGAUGAACCUACAGUCGGUAUAGAUGCAUUGCUUCGAAAUCAGAUUUGGGAUUAUUUGGUAUCAAAGGCAGCUGAAGGAAUGACCAUGAUUAUUGUUACCCAUUAUAUUGAAGAAGCUGUCAAUGCUGGUCGUGUUGGUUUGAUGCGAAACGGUGCAUUAUUGGCCGAAGAUAAUCCACAAAGAUUGAUGUCCAUUCAUGGCGAAGCAAAUCUUGAAGCUGUUUUUCUUAAACUCUGUUGUUAUGAGGACAAGGGCCUUAAUUUAUCCACUUCAGAUCUACAAAAUCAAUCAUAUCAAAAUCAUAAAACAACUAAAAUCAAUCCAUAUUUUUGUCCUCAUCAUUAUUCAAUAGCUAAUCAUCAUCAUAAUCCUGACGAAAUAUUUAUCAUACCAAAUAAAUUUGACAAAAAUUUCGAAUGUUCAGUUAGUAAUUGUUCAUCACUAUCAUCAACUCCAUCUUGGAGAACAUUAUUCAAUACAAGUUUAUUGACAAUCAAAUUAUGGAUAUUGUUGACAUUGAUAUAUCGUAAUUUAAACAAAUUCGCAUGCUCUUAUUUUUCAAUCAUCAUUGUCUUGUUGCCGGCAACUCAGGCAUUGAUAUUCUGCCUGGCCGUCAGUAAAGAUAUUACAUUGAUACCAGCAGCUGUUUAUAACGAAGAACCGAAUCCUGGAUAUGGAAAAUUAUUUAUCGAUGCAAUGAAAUCUGUUCGAGGUCAUCUAAUUCAACCUAAAUUUUAUAAUUCAUUAGAAGAGGCAACAAAUACAAUUCAAAGACGUGAAGCAAUCGGUGCAAUUUGGAUAUCGGAAAAUUACACCGACGCAAUCGAUAUAAGAAUUGAAGACGGAUUAUCCGCCGAUAAUGAAACUAUCGAUGAUUCAACUAUUCGAAUUUUCAUUGAUAAUUCAUAUUAUAUUCUCAGUAUUGAAUUCUACACUACAUUGUUGCAAUCUUUUGGGGACUUUUCACGUCAAUUAUUUCAUUCAAAAUAUAUGGACUUAUUAGAGGUGCCGAUUAAAAUGGAAAAAACUGCUUUAUCUGAAGAUUAUCGUUUCAAAGAUUAUUUUAUGCCCGGUUAUUUUCUUUUGUUUUUGUAUAUAUCACAAAUCACUAUCGCAUCAUUGACAUUAAACAAAGAACGUAAAGAUGGCCUAUUUGAACGAUCACUUAUUGCUGGUGUAUCACAUGAGCUUGUUUUUUUCUCACACAUCAUCACCAGUCUUGUCAUUUCAAUUGUUCAGCUAUGGUUUCUUGAUAUUAUCGCAUUUGCAUUAUUCGACAAUCCAAGUAAUUCAAGUUAUUGGCUUAAAUUUAGUCUAUUAUUAUUGGAAAGUUUAAAUGCAAUGUCAUUGGGAUUCGUUAUUUCAUCAUCAAUCAAUUCGGAAAUUUCCUGUCUGGUAUUGGUAUGGUUUAUAACUAUUCCUCAAUGUCUUUCAGCUGGUGUAUUAUGGCCAUUAGAAUCAUUAUCUCAACCAUUCAAUUAUCUAUUCUAUUUAUGGCCAUUAAGCAUACCGGUAAAAACAAUUCGUCAUAUAAUGCUUCAGGGUUGGGAUCUAUCUAAUAUUCAUGUACAAUAUGGUUUUCUUUCGAUUGGUAUACCUAUGAUUUUAUUUUUCUAUAUCGCAUUGAUCAUUUUCAAACGAAAACAAUAAUGCUAUCUACUUUAACAAUUUCUUUCUUUUUUUUGAUUAUUCUUUUCUUGACGAUAUAUACACUUUU